CCGUUAUCAGUGGGGGACAAAAAAGCAGUCUGUUUUAUUGGUGUAGUUGUGUAUGUAGUGUAAGCCGAGCGCAGAGGUAAACCUUAUAUACACUACAACUGCAUUAUAGGGAGCAGCUGCCUGCUAUAGUAUAAUAUCAGUCAUAUACAUCAACGGGUCUUUUAACAGAGGAUCGGACUGUUGUUCGCUGUUUACAUCGUAUCUGCACGGUGCGCAAAAAGUACGGUGGAUUUUUCUCCCGCUGUUGAUGUAAAUAUGGACUGUUACAGGCAAGACACUCUUGUGGAUCAAACUUCCCAUAAGGUGAUUGAAAAAAGACGACGUGAUCGGAUUAACAAUUGCUUGGCUGAACUUAGUCAAACAGUUCCGGCAGCUUUUGCCAAACAGUCUUCUGGAAAACUUGAAAAGGCAGAAAUUCUGGAAAUGACCGUUGAAUACCUAAGAGCUGUCCAAGCUACAGAAAUCGGAAUGAGGUUUGAAAAUGGUGACUGGUUUACGUCUGAUGUUUGGGCCGACUUCAUGCAUCACUACCAAGUUGGUUACAAUGAAUGUAUGCAGGAGGUGGUUCGUUACAUGACCGAUGUGGAGGGCAUUGACACAAACGAUAGUCGCUGUAUACGUAUCAUGUCUUACCUUCAGACCAGAUUCAGACCUGACGCUUCUAUUAAUACUGGUAAUGUCUAUCGAGACACGAUCAGUCGAGUCGCCUCACAAGUUACACGCAUGCAGUACGGAGCUGGUUCGAAUCUGACCUGUACCACUGGAACCUCCAUUCGAAGCCUUCAUCGAUAUAACCCAUAUGUAGCUCAGGGCUCCCAUGGCACUUCCUACUUGAAUGUCCCAUCGCCAACUGCUGUGGUAAAUCCAGUCACAUCGUGUCCUAGUCGAAUUAACAACAACUCCACUAACUGUACCAAUGCCACGUUUUUCGGUCGUAACUCGCAUAUGAACCCCACAGCAUUUCCUCUACAGAACACACACGCACACAAACCGUUGCUGACCACAGCUUUGUCAAACAGUACGAAUCUACCUAGUUUCCUGUUCACCACCACCAACAAUGAGGUGAUACCAACAAUAACAGACCCAGGCAAGCUACCAACAGCCACAGUAGCAAUAUCAGAAAGACAACCUCAGAUGUUGACCAAACAUUCAAUGCGAUCGCCAGCGGCAAUAACGUCCAAGAUGUAAAGAAUGAGUCAGUGAAAUUCUGAAACUUUCACACAUACAUAUACAUAUGUAUUCACACACACACACACGCGCGCGCGCGCGCGCGCGCACGCGCCGACACACGCAUAUUCACGUGCACACUUUAUCUCACACACACACACACACACAUACCUAUACAUACUUGCAUACAUAUAAGUAUAUAUAUAUAUAUAUAUAUAUAUAUAUAUGUACACGCACACAUAUAUAUUAUGUAUAAACAUAUA